AUGUACGGUCCAAUGCCGGUACUUAUGACAACUACUAGAUCAGACCACUUCGGACAAGGCUAUCUUGACGAGACCCUCCUCGAUCGGAUCCCUGGUUCGCAUGCAAGUCGCAUGUCUCUUCUUGGGGAAGUAAACUGGAUCUUCACAGCUGUGACUGACACAAUUGCCUGGUGUAGCCUCCCUGUUGAUCUCUUUCAACGUCUUUUUAGACAGGAUUUGCUAGUCGCCUCAUUGAUGCGCAACUUUAUGCUGGCUGAACGCGUGAUGAAAGCCUACGGGUGUCAGCCUCAGUCAGCGCCAGUUCUGCCUUGCACACACCGUCACUAUAUGUGGUAA